CGGCUUAUUGCUUCAGAACUGAAUGUAGCAACCUCGCAGAACAUCUAGAUAGCUAGGUAGGUAGGUAGAUAGAUAGAUAGAUAGAUAGAUAGAUAGAUAGAUAGAUAGAUAGAUAGAUAGAUAGAUAGAUAGAUAGAUAGAUAGAAAUGUGAAAGAGAAUACUAAGAAGAUAUCCCUAUUCCAUAUCUGUUCAUUUCUGCAGUAGAAGUAAUAGUACCUUCUGAAGUGCCUAUCAUGGGACAUCUGGGAGCGACUAACCGCUGCCUGUAGCUGCUACAACUGGACUGGGAUUGACACAAGCCCCCUCUUGGCCAGUUUUCACCGAGUCAUCGCCGACAAUCUAUCACAAGACCAGAGAAUAGACUUAUCCUUUUUUGAACCAGUCUAGUGAUUGCUGACAAUCUGCAUAAUCAAGAAUCAUCACUCUGCUUCUUGCUUCUGAGGCAUCCCUGUCCAGCUCAGCAGAGACCCAGCACAGCCUGAGACUGUGGCAAAACUAGAGCAAACUGGAACAUACCAUAUUAGUCCACCACAGAUUAGGAGGGAGGGUCAUCUGGGGAAUCAGAAAAUCCAAGAAAACCUGACUGUAUUACACAAGUUCAGCAAAAACCAGACAGGAACGGGCCAUUUCAGGGCUCAGGGAUCUGCUUGAUCUACUAACCUCAUUGCAACACGGCAGUGGGCAGAGGAGAGCUCCACCUAUCAUGUACUCACCUCAGAGUCUUCACCGCUGGGGCAUCACUCAUAGUGAGAGCAUGGAGCGGUUAGCCUACAGCCAAGCCCUGCGAGACCCCAUGACUAUGGAGCGAGCCAACCUGCUGAACAUGGCCAAGCUGAGUAUUAAAGGGCUUAUUGAAUCAGCUCUGAGCUUCGGACGAACACUUGACUCAGACUACCCGCCUCUUCAGCAGUUCUUUGUUGUCAUGGAGCACUGUCUCAAACAUGGCCUCAGAGUGAAGAAGUCCUUUCUGGGCUUUAACAAGUCUCUAUGGGGUCCACUAGAGCUGGUGGAGAAACUGUGUCCUGAAGCAGCAGAGAUCUCAGCCUCCGUACGAGACCUGCCUGGACUUAAGACUCCUUUAGGUAGGGCCAGGGCGUGGUUGCGUCUGGCGCUCAUGCAGAAACGGCUAGCUGACUAUCUGCGACUCCUCAUCACCAGAAAAGAUCUGCUCAGUGAUUUCUAUGAGAAUUCAGCGCUGAUGCUAGAGGAGGAGGGAGCUGUGAUCGUGGGCCUGCUGGUGGGCCUCAAUGUCAUCGAUGCCAACCUGUGCGUCAAAGGCGAGGACCUGGACUCUCAGGUCGGGGUGAUUGACUUCUCCAUGUACUUGAAAAACGACAUAGAUGACUACAGGAGUGAAGAGAGGAAUAGCCAGAUAGCAUCCAUCUUGGAUCAGAAGAACUAUGUAGAGGAGCUGAAUCGACAACUCAACUCCACAGUCCAUGGUCUUCAGGGCAGAGUUGACUCUCUGGAGAAGUCCAACUCUAAACUCAUAGAGGAGUUAGCCAUAGCCAAGAACAACAUCAUCAAACUGCAGGAAGAGAACCAGCAGCUGAGGAGUGAGAACAGCCUCAUUCUGCUGAAGGCACAACAACAUUUAGAGGUAGCCCAAGGCGAUGUGUCAGUGGAGAGAGACACAUACAAACAGUCUCGUCAGGGUUUGGAUGAGAUGUACAACGAGGCUCGGAGACAGCUGAAGGAGGAGUGCCAGCUCAGACAGGAUGUGGAGAAUGAGUUGGUAGUCCAGGUGUCAAUGAAACAGGAAAUGGAGCUGGCCAUGAAACUUCUGGAGAAGGAUAUUCAUGAAAAACAGGACACACUGAUCGGACUGAGACAUCAACUGGACGAGGUCAAAGCCAUCAAUGUAGAAAUGUACCAGAAGAUGCAGUCAUCCGAUGAGGAGAUGAAGAAGAAGAAUGAUGUGAUCAGCCGUCUGGAGGAGAAGACCAAUCAGAUCACUGCCACCAUGAAGCAGCUGGAGCAAAGAUUACAGGAGGCAGAGAGGCACCGCACCUCGGCCGAGGAGGGAACCAGACGCUUCAAGUUGGACUUUGCCAACAAGGCCGACAGUCUGCAGCGGCAGAUCGAACACAGAGAAAGGCAACUCCAGCAGCUGGAGACAGACCUGAAGAUUGAGAGGGAGUGGAGGCAGACAUUACAAAAUGAUCUGGACAGAGAGAGAGAGACGGUAGCUCAGCUCAGCACAGAGGCGCUGCAGAUCAACGGACUAAAAAAGGAGUUCCAUCGUCUCCAGGAUGAAAACAUUCAGCUGAAGACUAUCUGUGAAGACCAAGAACAAGCUCUCGAGGAACUAGGCUCCAAACUCAGCGAAUCCAAACUGAAGAUUGAGGACAUCAAAGAAGCCAACAAAGCUCUUCAGGGGGGUCAGGUUUGGUUGAAGGACAAGGAAGCCAGCCACUGUAAGCUUUGUGAGAAGGAGUUUUCCAUCUCGAGACGAAAGCACCACUGUAGAAACUGUGGGGAGAUUUUCUGUAACAGUUGCUCGGACAAUGAGCUUCCUCUGCCCGCCUCACCGAAACCAGUCCGAGUCUGUGACACCUGCCACGCCCUCCUUCUCCAGCGCUGCUCCUCCAAUCCAACGUGAGGGAGUCCCACACAUCUAUCAGGACUGCUUCAAACUAUAACAGACUACACCCGUAAACACCCACCCUUCAGUCCUCUGUAAGACACAUCUCCUAAUUUAUCUUUGCUGCUAGGAAUGGACCAUGCGCAUGAACAUGAAGACCACUUGAUCAGUCUAGAUACAUGUUGAAGAAGGAAGUAUCCAGGUACCCAGUCACCUCACAGUCAUUUUUCUUUCAGGUCCGUCUUUGUUUGAAAUCACCAAUUUGUCUGCUGUGUAAAACAUUCAAUCAGUCCACUAUAAAGGCCAAGAUUUCUUACUUGAUAACAGUUGAGUUGGAAAAGGAAAUAGUAAGAGUCCCUGGUCUACUUUAGUGUCAUAAACAAUCAUGUCAGUCCUCUGUCAAGAGAGAGUACAAAUUGCCUUUGGGUGAAUCCAAGUGUUGCACUGGCCUGACUUAAAGGGCAUGAAAAGGCCACGUAUGACAACUACACUUUCCAAAAUUCAAAAUAUGCUCAACACAAUACAACAAAGUUCAAAUAUAAUAAAGGAAACGUUGUGACUGGUGGUCAUAUUAAAAAAAAAGAAAAAGACAAAAAAAAGAGGAACAGCUUAGCAAUGAACUGAAAGUGAAACUGCACUGUCUGUGAUUCGCACUGCUGCAGAUUAAUGCAGAUGUUUUUUUCAGCCAAACCUACAGUCGUAUGUGGUACUGCAUUAUAAUGUAUGCAUCAAGCCUCAAACUGUACACAGAAAGUGUAUAGCCAAACAGAUGUGAUUAUAUAAUUUAUACAUACAGUAUGGUGGCCUUGUUACUGUUGAGUCUGACUCCAAAGCACUGCCCUUUGAGGUGGGGUGACACAAACUGUUAAGGCAACAUUAGCACAGGCGCAAAAGACUGAAUCAACUUGACAGGUUAAAUCCUACUAGAUACUAAACUGACGUCGACUGGAUAUAUUCUGUUUAGUUUGGAUCAGAAAUGUGCCACAAAAUGAAAUUGGUCUCAGUUUUUCUGUUCAUGUUUGAAGUGCAGUUAUUUCACAGAAGCAACAUAAUUAUAUUUUGUACCUGCCAUCAUCAAAGGUCUCAGGACAAAAAGUCCUGCUGGUCAGAUCUCUACUCUCAAAAUACAAAGUGUUCAAUGCGCCACUUAUCGACAAACUAAUUCCAGGAACAUUCAUUGCUCCAAACAGGUUUAGCUCAGUUGACACAAUAACUGUACUAGUUCCCCAUGGGACUUUAAAAGGAACUGAAACUUUUUUCCUUUACGAUGUGUUGGUGCUAAUUGUGCCUGUGUGAAUGCAUUGAAUAUCACCUACUAGGGCUUCUCAUGUUGCCAAAUGAACCCUGUAUUUUCUACAGAGAGGAUUUCUGUAGAGAUAAUAGCAGCCUAAAAUAAUGGCCCAAGAUAUUUUAAAGUAGCAACACUAGCUUAUACUAGCCAAGCAAGCAGUCUAGAUUAAAGGCACAUUUCACUGUUUGAGACACUAAUGCAGAAGAUUCUGCUUAAAGGACCAAGAGAAGCAAGAGGUGGCAUCAUUACAUCUUUGGCAGGUGAUUUAAAUCAAGGUCAGUCUGUCUGACUCUUGCUGAUGACCCACUGAUGGCUCUUACAACAUGACCACUUCACUGGCUAGUCAGUGGUUGUUCAGAAUAGACUUGAGUGUUACACACAUCUGACAAUAUAUCAAGUUGUUUGUAAGCAAGGAUGUUUGAACACUUUCCAAUACUAUAUUUCCUGUAAUGUAGAUUAAUUUGAAAGUAUUUAUAUUAGAUUUUGUGUUUUAUGCACAUUCAUUUUUACUUGUUUGAGGUUUCCCUGUUCACUUGAAGUUAGUUGUAAUCUGUGCAGAUGGAGAUGUUGAGGAAGAUCCGCAUCUUACUGCUGCUCCAUUCCUGUGACGGAAAGUUUGAAACUCUGAACCAUUUUUAUUUCUUCUUCUUAAAUCAAGAUUGAGACAUGUGAUGUUUGUGUUGUCAAACUAAUGCUGAUGACUGUAAAAUACUUGCUCUUCAGAGAUGGAUUAUGAUACAAGUUCCACUGCACAUUCUGGUUUGUACUUGUAGACAGUGUUUACAACCUGUGAUUUUUUUUUUAAGAACUGGAAGAAUUCAUUCCCAUGAAGAGAUAAAACAGGACUUAGUUCAUUUCAAGAAGUGUUUUUCUUGUUUCAAAUAUUUAUAAAAUAUCACAAAUUUAUCAUAUAAUCAUUAAGCACUACAGGCAAAUGUUUCUGAACUGCACCAGGCCUGAAACACUUUGUACAGUGUUGCUCUUACAAAUCUCCCAGCAUUCAGUGGGACUUGUACAGUGUUGAUACAGCUGUAUGUUGUAUAUACAAAUUGUUGAUAAUCACUGUGGCCCUUUAGCUUACUAAAUCCUGCCAGUUUAAUAUCAGCUCUAUUGCCAACAGUAUGUUGCCUUGACUGUGUAACAGAUUGAGAUUAAAUCAAGUUACAGACAGA